CACAGCUAUGCGCACAUCCUCCCCAUAAUAGCCGAAAUUUCACAUUCGAAUUCCCGAAUCUCGCGCGACUACGCGACGCGAACUUUAUAUUUCGUACACGUAAUACAUUCGAUUUUUAAACCUUAGAACAAUUAUUUUUUGAAAUUUGAAACUGUUCUGGAAAACUUGCAGUUGGCGGCAAACGGUAAAGUUGUGUGUUGGUGUCUUAAAAGUGCGUUUAGACUUUGAGAGCUUUUUUAAUUUUUAUUUGUGUUUAUCGGUGUACCGAAACAUUAUGUGAAGUGUUAUUUAUUUUGUGCUCAUUUUCAUUUGGAUUUUUAUUUGCUCCGGAAUUUUGGAAAAAUAUGGGAACGAAGUGUUUGAGCGGCACGUCGUUAAACUUUUGAACUAAAUUUUUGAUACGACUGCUUUUUAUAAACCGUUAUAUGAACGAAGAUGCUGGGGUGUGCUCUAAGGAGAGUUGCCUCAGUCGUCUAUACGCUAAAGGUCAUCAGUUUUAGCUCGGCUGUCGACAGCCGGUGCUUAGAUAAGUAGAUUAGAUUACAAUCGGCCAUCUUUCAAAAACUUUGCAACUAGUCAAGACAAUUUAGUUACCAUAGUAAAAGAGCGCGGGUCUAGGAGUCCUGGAAGAGCCACUGCGGUGGUAUGCUUUAUAUUGCCUCUUGGAUCGACUGUGCGCUGACUGGUCGCUACGUCACGUGGCUUCCCGGCGCGCGACUGCAGUGCUGGAUGCUACUAACUGUAUACACGUUACCACAGCUUGCCGUCUCUGCAAAGAUAUUGUGCCUCCUGAUGGUGGUGAUCUGCGGUGCGGUGCCAUCGAUGGUCCGGUCGGUUCGCCUCUACAGCCAGUGUUCACACCUGUACGUCAACGUGUUCCCAAACGGCACUGUCAUGGCUCGCUCCGGUGGAAACGAACAGCCGAAUCUCACCAUCAGCACCCGAGGGUUCAGCCUGGAGCUGCUCAUCCACUCCCCUGUUCAAGACAUGUACCUGUGUUUCAACCGAUCCAAAUUAGUCGGCAGGCGAUUGACACGUUUCCAAGCGGAGAGACAGCCCAACUGCCUCUUCAAAGAAGAAUUUGUCAACGGCUACAAUCGAUAUCACCUAAUGAAGAACCAAGAUCGAUACAUAGGCUUCAACAGACGAGGCUUACAACUGCGGCGCGGGAAGAGUCGCUUCCCAGAGAGGGCACACAAGUGCUUCGACUUCAUGAAGGUGGGCCGUGGUGACGACUUCAACCUGGAUAGGCACAACACAAUGAUCGCAGGGGAUCUCCCAAAAUGGCGUCCGCAACGACGUCUCCGGCCAGCUCCGCAGAACUCGAUCAAGCCUCCGUGCCAUGGGGUACGCCACCACCACGGCAGGUAUCAGAGGCGAAGGAACUGUGACGGAACGUAGGCAUCUUGACGCCAUUUUAGCAGCUCAUUCACGCUUCAACGCUUCGCGCGUUCCGUUGCCAGCUGUAGAACUUUGUGAGUGGACAGAGUAUUAGUCAACUAUCGCAGUAUUAUAACAGUGACGAGGACUGGUAGGUUAGGUGGGCCGCCGUGGGCGCGGCGUCACAAACGGCGCAUGAAUGGUAGCUAAUGCGGGGGAGCAAACAUUUGAAUGGGGAGAAAAAGUCGAGUCGGUGUUCGGACCUGUGAAAUUCCAUAAGGCCGUGUAACAUCGUGGCACUCGUUUGCUCUUGUGCCUGCGGUCGGAUCGUGCUCUAAAAGGAAAAAUGUUUCUGUGGAACGAGCAAAUAGUAGUCUCCAGUCACGAGUCUUCCGAUAGACCACCGCUGAAUUUGGUGCUUGGACGAGACGAGUCGGGGGCGGCGUCCACCCGGCACGCCACGAGGAGUAUGACGUCAUUAUUUUCGUAACCCUCAUUGCUCCGGCUAGCUCGCCAUAAGUGUUGCAAAAACGCCUUUACGUCAAUUCUCAGUGUGUUAUUAUUUAAAAUGCUUUACUGUUAAAUUAAGUGCGGAUCAUGUUAUUAUGCUUGUAAAUAUAAUAAAAAUAAUAAUUGUGUUUACUUAUUUAUCAAAAAAGUUAAUCAAAAAUUUGUAAACGUAGAUGUUAGUUGUAAAAUUGUAUUAAAAAUGUUUUGUAUUUAAUUAUGGGUAUUUAAUCUAUCCGACCAACCGCUCUCUUGUGAUAAGCCACAGUCGAUGUAACCUAGAUUUCUCUAGAUUUCUUUAUCUUCACGUACUGAAUUACAUACCUUUAAACGUAUGGCAUUUUAUUUCUGUUUAUGAAUUUGAUUGUAUGAUUUGAAAGUUUGUACAUAUUAUUUUAAGUGUCGAGGGAGUGAUAGGUUUUUGAAUCUCUAUGUCGCUAAUCGGAUUAUACUGAACAAUUCUUAUCUAAUAACAAUUUACGGUUUAUAUAACAAUGCAAUUCUGUUAAGUUAUAGGACCUAUUCUUCGUUGUUCGUAACCGUACCUACAAAGUAAAUAGUGGACAUUAUUGUAUUAAUAUAUGAAUAAGAUCUGUGCCAUAGUGUGGUGGCAGUGUGCGGCUCACGUUCGCAUUGUGUCUAGUGUGUUAAGUUCAUGCCUGUAAACUACAAGUAGAUAAAAUGGUUAAGAAAAAUGACCGAGAUAGAAAAUGUAUGUAUUUAGUUUGUUUUUCUUUUUUCAACAAACUUAAAUAUUAUUUUGAUUCAUAUAAAUUAUUUAUUAUUCUAAAUUUUAAUCGAAUUUGUACAAUUUUUCUUUUUAAAUUAUUGAACUGUAUCAAAAGAUUUACAUCACCAAUCAGCAUGUCAAUGUAAUAGGCAUUUUAAAGCAUUCCUCAAAUAUUCCAUUCAUAGAAGACAGAUGUAUGACAUUCCAAACAAUAUGUAAAAUAAAAAUAUGCGCUUAAAAUACAUAAUAAAUUUUGUUUAAUAGCGUGGCACUGUCUAUUGUAUUACUGUGUCUAAUUAUAAGUAUUCUGAUGCUGAACGAAAUCGUAUAAUGCUAAGAAAAUUACGAAAUUAAAUAUUUA